UACAAAUCAUUCGGUCAAUCUUUCAAAAAUUUGUAAACAAAUCACGUUGAGAGGUUAAAAGUAGAUUUUUCAUGAAAAGUAUGUUUUUCGGGUGAAAACUGGUGUGUUGUUAGUUAUUUUUAAGACAAAAUUGUGCUGAAAUGGCUGAAGAUAUAAGUGUAACGUUUAUUAUACCAAAGGAUUGCCGAUCUGAAAAUGAAUGUUCUGAAGACAUGCAACUUGCCUUUCUCACUUGUGAGCAGCACUGUGGCGGUGGUUUAAAAGCACAGUGGGUGCAUGAGAGCAAGUGGACAAAGUUUGAAGGGCUCACAAAGAGAGAUGUGUUUGUUCUGACAGAGUUUGAGGGAGAACUGUAUGGGAGACUACAGGGUACUAAGUGUUUAUUAGUUGGUCCUCGUUGCUUAUCAUGCUGUCUGACAGAAGGUACGCCCAUACCUUCGGGCCCGGAGCCUGUCUACACAAUAGCCAUGAGAGGUCUAACCAUAACUGCAAGUGGACUCUCAAAGACACAGAAGGAAGAAAUAAAGAGGAAAGUACAUUGGAUGGGUGGUAUAUACAGCACUGUGCUAACAGAUGACACCACACACUUGAUAUCCGACACAGUGCUCUCUGAUAAGUAUAUUAAAUCAGUCGAAAAAGGAAUUCCCAUAAUGGCAGUAACUUGGAUCCAAGCAGUUUGGGAGGCAUCCCUUCAGCUGAAUGUCAGUGCUUCCUCAUCAGAGUUCCUCGUCCACCGUCUGCCACCCUUCACCAACCUUCAGGUCACCACAUCAGGGAUCCCGAAGAAGGAAAAGCAGUUAAUCAUGAAGCUGGUGAAUGAGCAUGGUGGACAGUUCUCAGGGGCGUUCCAGAGUGAAACCACUGAUAUUGUUGUGUUGACCAAAGAAGGCGUAGGCAGUGAGAAAUACAAAGCGGCUUUAGAAUACGGCAAGGCGGUUGUACUACCGUCGUGGGUGAAGGAUUCAGCGGCUAAAGGAGUAGCGUUACCCCUGGCGAAGUAUAGAGUCGCCGGCGCAUCCACAUCGUCACCUCUCGCUGAAUCCCGCCUACCUGAUAUGAGCUUGAACUUCUCUCGUAUCACAAAUGUGAGGGCGCCGAGUAAUUUUGUAGAUGAAACGCGGUCCGCAGACGCAACUAUGUUGUCCGGUAAAAUGAAGUUCACACAAGACACGAAGAAGGGUGAUACUUCAAUAGACAAGGAGAUAGUGACUGCAUUCGAAAGCUUCGACAUGAAUCUCAUCAAGAAGGCUGGACCUAUCUUUGAUGGAUUCUGUAUCUGGGUACACGGCCUGGAGGGCUUGCCCCGCGAGCGUGCGAUGGCGGCAGUGUCCCGUUGCGGCGGGGUGCGGUACGACGGGCCCCACCCGCGGGUCACGCACGCCGUGGCCGCCCCGCACGCGGCCCGCGCCGCACGCGCUGACCUGCCCGCCGUGCCCGUACUGUCGCCCAUGUGGCUACUCAAGAGUGUCGAGGCUGGGAAAGCCUUGGAUGAGGCACAGUUCCUAAUAGAAGACAAACCGAGUACGCCAGCGAAGUCCAGCGCCCGCAAGCCCCGCUUGGAGCCCGCGUCGCCGAUGAGCAAACGUAACCUCGCCCUGCUGCGCCGGGGACCGCUGGACCUGCCGCCGCCCACGCCUGAACUAGAAGAGCCUCAAGAUGAACUUGUCAACCAUUAUCUUAGCCAACAUAUAGAACCAGAAAGAGAAAAGACUCCGGAGCCAGUUCGUCAGGAGUUGGCACCGCCGGUACGACUGGAAUGUCAGCCUGACAUCACCGACGAUGUGGCCGAGGAUCCUACCGAAGAGAUCGAACAGAUAUUCAGAGGUAUAAAAAUAGAAGUACAAGGCCUAGACGAGGAGGCCCUGUGCGAGUUGGGCGCGGAGGUAUCGGCGGCGGGCGGGACCCUGGCGGGGCCCGGGGCCGGGGCCCCCUACGUACUGGUGCCGCUGGACUUCGAACUGCACGAGCUCGUCACCAAGGAUGCUGAGGCUGUUACCGUGUUUUGGGUUAAAGACUGUCUCUCCCAACAAGAGUUGGUCCCGAUCCAGUACUACCACCGGCCGGUCCGGGUCCCCACGUGGGCCGGCGCGGGCCCCCUGGCGGGGGUCGUGGCCAGCCUCAGCACGUACAGCGGGGUCGAACGAGCGUUCCUUGAUGAACUCGCCAAGCUGUUGGGUGCUACCACACAACUCCGUUUCUGUCGCCGUAACACAGCGAACGCCCUAGCGUCGACCCACCUGAUAUGUCCGACCCCGACCGGGGACAAGUACCUGGGGGCGCUGAAGUGGGGACUGCCGGCAGUGAGGGCGACCUGGUUACUGGAGUGUGCCAGGGAAGGGACCAGGGUCAGUGAGAGGGAGCAUCUUGUUGGAGAUACUAAAGCGCCACCAUCGCCCCAACCGCAACCAGUAGAAGAGGAACAACAACCACUGGAACCCGAGCCGGUCCCCGAACCGGAACCGAUGGAAGUGCCCGUGACAGUAACAGACAAGGAGAACGCCAUGUUGCCCCCACUAGCCCCCGCUGUACCUCGACGGGGAUCUAUCCCGAGUAGGGAGCAGACUCCUAAAGGAAAGGAUGGCGACGAGAUGUCCCCAGCAUCUCGUUACAUAGCGAUGGCCCGACAAGGUCUGCUCGGCUGUGACUCACAGGAGACGCCCAAACGGGUGGCCGACCUCAAAGAUGAUGCUAGACAAGGUGGUGAAUGUGGCGUUAGAACACCCCCACUAGAAGAUGCACUAUCGACUCCAAACCUGGCCGCUCUAAGUCCCACCACUCGACGUCGGCUGCAAGCUGUAAGGAGGGGGGAGAUGCCAUCCGAUCCUAUACGUACCCCUACUGAUCCUUUCGAAAGAAACGCCCAAACUCCGGACAGUGCAUUCGGCGCGGCUCUCCGUCCCGGUUCCGGCCGUAUGUCGCCGGAGGCACGGAAGCGGCUGUGGAAGUUCGUCGAUGGGUUGCCUAGCAAGCAAGCUGAACCAGCCCCGCGGGAUAAACAUACGCCUUUGUCAGAGAUCCGCAAUAGAUUUUUAGCGCAGUUCAACGGAGAUGCGCCCACGCCGCCUUCAGAACAUCCCACUGUAGCGCCUAGGAAGCUGCAAUUACAGGACCAAUGCGAGACUCCACCUGCAAAAAUGGCGAAAUUAACACAAGACCAGAGUCCAGGCGGCGUAACAACCCCAAGUACAAUCGCAGUAACGACUCCGAAGCCCGCGCCGUCCCCCGCGCUCCCCGCGGCCGUGGACGCGCAGCUACAGAGACUCAGUGCCGCGCUCACCGGCAGGCUCAGCUCGCAGCGACGGAGGCAUAGGGACUCUACGCCCACUGUACCUGCGCCACUCCCCGACUCGGAGCCGGCCCCCGAGUCCCAGCCCAACACAGUGGGGUGGGACGACACUACGCCUGCGCAACAACCCGAGCCCGAACCUGAACUAGAACCGGCGCCUAUCAAGCGGUUCAUGCUGUCUUCUAAUGUUGAUAACCGAGAAGAAAUAAUAGCAAUGAUAGUCCAGUUGGGCGGCGAGGUAUGCGAGGGCGCGGAGUUGGACCCCGAGGCGAGCCACUUGCUAUGCGCGGCGCCCGGCCGCAGCGAGAAGAUGCUCGGCUCCAUCGCCGCCGGACGGUGGGUGCUACACCCCGUCUAUAUUGCCAAGAGCCGCGCCGCCGGACAGUUCUUACCCGAAGAAGAGUACGAAUGGGGCAACCCCCUCGCGACGUGCCUCCCCCCCCUGUCGGGCGCGGAGCGCACCCUGUCCCGCGCGGCGUACCGCUGGCGUAGUGCGCGCGGCGCCGGUACGCCGGGACCCUUCCACGGCGUAGUGGCGCUGCUACACGUGCCCCCGCCGAGACGGAGGCUGCUGGCCCGGCUAGUUACUGCGGGGGAUGGACAGGCACCGGAGGAUGAGCCACCAUACACAAAUGAGAACAUAACAGUUUGCUUCGCGGACAUCAAGCGCUAUCCUUUAUCAGACAGAGACAGCGCGUGGCUGAUUUCAAAGAGGAUACCAGUUUGUGCGCCCGUACUACUCAGCUCAUACCUUACCGACGAUCCACCGCCCAAGCCUGAAGACCACUGCUUACCUGACUUUAGACCCUAAUCUUAAAGAAAUAAUGACUUUUCUAGCUUGAGUCAGAAUAUAUCUUCUAUUGCAAAAUAAAUGCUCAUCCGGACUAUGAACAUAAUAUUGGAAUUUAGACCCUAAAUGUAUAUGUAUGAAGUCUUUUUUUCGCUUGAAUCAGGUAUGUCUUAUAACUUCGUAAAGAUGAUCCCAUCUUAGUGACAGUGACAUUUUAAACCUUAUCUGUUUGAAGUUAGAGUUCUUUAUUGCGAACUUACGAAGUGACUUUUUUGCUUGAAGCUGGUCUUUCAUGCAUAAAGAACACCUAAGUUUGAUUGAAAUUUGCUUGACUUUGAACCUUAUUUGUAUAGCCGUAACGUCUUUUUUUGUUGACAUUUGAAUUAAACUAUAGAUAGAAAAAGUACUACAUACAUCAUACUGUUUAAACACCUUUCAGGAGUCUAUGAGCGACGGCAAUUGCUUACCAUCAGGUGAUCCGUCUGCUCGUUUACCGACUUAUCCAAUAAAAAAAAAACAUUGCCUCUAUAAAAAAACAAGUAGUACAUGUAUUAUGAAACAGUACUGAACGCUUAAUGCCGCACUUAGAGACAUUUAAUGAUCACUUAAACUAUUCCUUAGUAACGAUUUUGUUUCGAAAACAAUUGCUAAGGACUGGGUUAAGUAAUCAUUAAAUGUCUCUGAGUACGGCAGUUAAACAUACAGAAUAAAGAUAAUAUUUACAUAAACGUUGACUGACAUGUAUUAUUGUAUAUUAAUAGUUAUAUAGCUUUCUUAUUUUGUGACAAUAAUAAUGAUUAAACGAUGUUGUCUA